AAGAAAGCGAUACUGAGCCAUAUAGUCUCACUCAAGCGCUGACCACAGUUGUGAGCAGAAAAGCUGCCGUGUCCCCUUCCGAGGCCGGAUGGUAAAAUCCAACCUCCAGCGGAUACUCAACAGUCAUUGUUUUGCGCGCGAAAAAGAAGGAAAACCUCAGUGUCAAACCACGAUGGAGUCUUUAAGUAGUAGUAUUUGUGACAUGAUUGGCAACCUGUCCCUGCACUGUAGUAGUACCCGUGGCCCGGGGCCUCUGUGGUGCUCCGAUGCCCCUCUCCCACCCCUGAAGAUCCCAGGUGGGCGAGGGAAUGGUCAACGGGAUCACACUCCCACAGCUCAGCCGUUGUACUCAGACAGGAAGUUGACUGUGACGGAGCAGCCCGAGGGAGCGGGUCGCCCAAGGAUAUUGCGUUUCCAGAGCCGGCCCACCGUUUCCCGAGUGAUAGACUGGGAGGCGGUGCUUAGCGGUGACGGAUUAUACGUGGAGAUUCCUCGGGACCCUCUCCCAGAAGGCAGCAAAGAGAGCUUUGCUUCUCUUUUGGAAUUUGCCGAAGAACAUCUUAAGGUUGUCAGUGUGUUUGUCUGCUUUUACAAGAACAGGGAUGACCGUGCUAAAUUAGUGCGAACAUUCAGCUUUCUGGGCUUUGAGAUAGUGAAACCAGGCCACGCCCUCGUGCCUCCUCGACCUGACGUUUUCUUUAUGGCUUACAACUUCGACAGGGACUCUUCCGACGAGGAUUAGAUCCAGACUAACGCCUUUUUACCUACGUUUACACCCCCCCCCCCCAAUUUACUUCCACCUGUCAUCUCCAAAUCCCAACCCUUUUACGUAACUGCUAUUGAUACCCCCUCCCUCCCCCUGCCAAUCUGAUUAAAGUUGUGUCCUGUCUUUCUUUUGUGUUCCAUGGAAGCAUAUAGUUUAGAUAUGUGUUUCACGUAGUCUGACUCCUUUGUUCUGUUUUUUUCUCUCUCUCUCUCACUCACUCACUCACUCUCCUCCCUAAUAUCCUUGUAGACUGGUGUGUACUCUUUACUUUAUUGUUUAGAUGCAUUGAUAUUUUACAAUAUCUAAGAGGGAGCCUUCUCAAGGGAAACUUUGAGCAAAUUGAUAUUAACAGCUAUCAGUCAGUGUGAUGUUUUUUUUUUUUUUUCCUUGGUUUCCCUUGGGUUUCCUGUUUUUACAUGGGAAAAAUAUGCUUCAUUUCCUUGAAUGUGUAAAAGAAAAGGGUAGUUUCGUUUACUCUCGGGUACGUUAAACUCUAUGUUUUGAUUGGCUAAUGGACAUGUCCCCUUAAUGCGUUAAUUAAUGUUUAAUUAGAAAUUAACACUUCACAAAAUCAUUUUGAAGAUCAGAUCCUCAGAUUAUGUGGUGUAAUAUCUAUUGUUGUUACCUCAAAUCGACAGCUUCAUUAUUUGGUACUUGACUGUGUGAAGCUCUUGAAGUCUGUGGAGUGAAUUUAGAAGUGUAAAUGAAUGCAUAUAUGUGUGUAACAAAUUUGUCUGCGUACAUUUGAGAUAUAAGAACAGGUUACUGAGUGAGCCAGAUGUCUGAAUUGGUACAAAGCUUGAAAAAAAAACCAUCCAAAGUGCUUUUACCUCUUUCUCUCUGUUUGUAUAUCAGAUUUUGUUUUGGGUUUUGUUUUUUGUUUUUGUUUUUUGCUCUGCUGUUCUUAUUGAUCUAGCAUUCCUCUUCAGUUUUGUUUUGUUUUUUUCCGGUAGAUUUAAAUUUGGCUGUACACCUGCAUAGUGAUAACUGUUGUACUUCUGUUAUAAUAAAACAUUUAAAAA